GAGGCUGCGUGUGUUUUUAUCGCUAUUUGUCUUUGAUACGAGAGCUAUUGGUGAGCGCGCGGCCCGCCGAUUGUGCUCCCAGUCGCCUCUGCGAUCGACCCCGCGAGCAGGCCACACAACAGAGCUACAAAGGAUGGCGGCGGAGGCAAAAGCGAAGGACAAGGAGGGCGAGGCGGCGGCCGACGGCGGAGGCGGCGACGAGGCGGCCAACACGCUUGGAGCCAAAGUGGUGAAGCGGCUGCACAUCAACCCGAACCUGCUCAUGCUCAAAGUCACCCUCUUCCUGCUCUACGGGGCUGUGGCGUCUUUGCUGCCGUACCUGACGAUCCACAUGCAGAGCGUCGGGUUGACCGUGGAGGAAAUCUCGAUCAUCUACCUGGCACUGCCGUUCACCACUUUCCUUAGUCCACCGCUAACAGGCUUUCUGGUGGACAAAUUCGGACAGUACAAGCCGGUGGUGGUGCUGGCAUUCAUCCUCAACGCUGCCUUCCACCACUCGCUGCUGCUGAUCCCGCCAACAGAGACCCCUGGCGAGGUGCCGCCCGCGUACAUCGCCCGCCAUCCGGCCACCGGCAUCAUGGAGGUCUGGUGGAGUCCCUGUCCAAGCAGGGAGUGUCCCGACGAGGAGGAGCUCGAGGUCGUGCUCGAACGCUGCUUCAGCCACUGCGAGCUGCUCAUGUCUGCCUCACACCACUCCCAACCAUUCAACGACAGUUCCGAGUGGACGAACGCGACGGAGGACCCUCUGCUGAUGAUGCUGGCCAUCAACGACACGAUCAACAGCGGCGAGGUGAACAACGACGACUUCCACUUCCUGCUCGACAUGCACCCUGACCUGGCCGACCCUACCGAGAACAUGGGCAUCGAGGUGGAGGCGCAGAGCAACCGUACCCUUGAGAUGUUCCGCGCGCGCUUCAGCGACCGCGUCCUCUGGUCGGCCGGCGUCAACGUCACAGCGCUAGAGGAGGAGGACCUGCGCUGUGGCGGUGUUGCCCUCGCCUCCAACCUGAGCGGACCUGCCAUCAGGCGCAUGGCCACCGUCUGCCCCCUACAGCGAUGCUCCUUCAGGGCUGGGGGACCUGAAAAGUGUCCAUCGCAGUACAAGGAAAGCGACGACAGCACCUUUUACCUGUACUUCGUGCUGCGCUUCCUGGGCAACGCGUGCAUGAACGCCGGCGUGACCAUGAUCGACCCGAUCGCCCUGACCAUGAUCAAGAAGUACGGCGGCGAGUUCGGCCGCGAACGCAUCUUCUCCACCAUCGGCAUGGCCAUCUUCUCGCCCAUCACCGGCUUCCUCAUCGACUACAACAGCCGACAAGUCGGCUACACGGACUACUCAGCGGCGUUCUACGCGCACGACAUCCUGCUGAUGACUGCGGCGGUGUCCAUCAUGGCGAUGCCGAUCGGCGUCAAGGUGCCGAACGACGACCUGCUGCGCGACGUGUGGCGCAUCCUCAAGAUGCCGCACGUCACCAUCUUCAUCUUCUUCCUGUUCCUGCUCGGCAACUACUGGGGCUACAUCGAGUCCUUCCUCUUCCUCUACUUGAAGGAGCUCGGCGCGCCAAACUACCUCCUCGGUCUGACGUUGACGGUGGGCACCUUGAGCAGCAUGCCGUUCCUGUUCGGCGCCGAGCGGAUCACGAAGAAGGUGGGCCACGUCAACAUCAUCGUGAUCGCCUUCUUCUCGCACUCCCUCAGACUCAUCGGCUACUCCCUGAUCGACGAUCCGUGGUGGAGUUUCCCAUUCGAGGCGAUGGAGGCGUCGGCCGUGCACCUGAUGUGGGUGGCGGCGGCGACGUAUUGCACGCUGCUGGCGCCGCACAACCUGCUCGCCUCCAUCAUCGGCAUCCUCGGCAUGGCCCACUUCAGUCUCGGUCGUGGCUUCGGGAGCUUCGUGGGCGGCUUUUUAAUUUCUGAGGUCGGCGCCAGGGAGGCUUUCCAGGCGAUGGGGUACAUGGCGGCUGCAGGAGGGUGCGCUUACGGAAUUCUCCACGCCUUUUGGCUCAGACACCUCGAACUGAAGGACCCCAAUCAGGUUGACGCACCCCUGGACGAGGAGCAGCCAGAAGGGUUAGGAGACGAAGUAGAGCGUCCAGCGUCCGCAGUUUCGACUCCGAGGACACCUCGAACGCCUGAGCGGCUGAGCCUGAUGAUCGGCAUCAACCCUCGCGGCUCGCUGACGGAUUUGAACACGAGUGAAGAACGCGGCAGCCGCAGCCUCUUGCGGCAGGCGUUGGUGCGCACAGGCGAGAGCACGCCGUCGUCGCCGGCCAGGCCUUGGAAGGGCAGCUUCCUGACGCCGCAGAACGCCCGAAAGACGCCGUCGCCGACCGACUCGGCGCAGUCGACGCCGCUGAUGCAGCGGCGCCGCACGCACUCGACCGCGUCCAACGGCAGUUCAAAGCCAUUGUCCCCGCUCGCCAGGCCUACUUCGCCGCUGGCCACCUCCCGUGGCAGCGUCUCCAGCGACACCAAAUAACUAGAGAAAAUCCGGAUACCUGAUGGAAUCUCAAAAUUAUUUGUUAAUUUGGUUAAUUUCUAAAAGGGUACAAAAAAUUGAAAAUGUCCGCAUUCACCGUGUUGUUAUUUUUUCUUUGAUUUUUUAGGAAUUUAAGGUCAAUGAUUGUUUAGCUUAUAGUAAGACGUUAAUUACGGCACAGUCCUGUUUUAGUUGAACAUAUAAAUAAAGACACCAUUCACUCGACUAGCUUCGGUUUUACCUGCAA